GCACAGGCUUUGCGCAUGCUUUUGUCUUCACGAACCGCGUCUCGGUUCAGUAAUUUGGACAGCGCAUAUUUUGGGUCUUUGUCGCACUUCUGCUUUCCGGCAUCUAAAACAAUCUGACAGCGCGAAUCCGCUUGCUAUAGGCGUGCCCAUAUGCCAGCAUGGUCGAGUGUCCCAUCUGCAGCAAACCGGUCCAGUCCGUCAAAAUCAAUGAUCACAUCGAUUCGCAGUGCAAGGACUUCGUGGUCGAUAGCUCCUCGACGGCGCCGGCCUCUUCUUCGCCGCCAGCCCCUACGACACAAAACGGCUUCUUCUCCUCACAGAAACGACCGGCCGCGAGCUUCUUUCACACCCCGGCCUCAAAAAAGCAGGCGACACAAACAGCCCGACCGACACCUUCCAAAACCCUACAGCCUGUGGUGAACGGUGCCAAAGAGACGACCAAGCUCAACGGGGGUACCAAGAGAAGAUUCGACGACGACGAUGGACCUGGAUAUGGACAAGGCGAGGACUUGCCCAUGCCCGACGCAAACGGGCAAUUAGAUAUUGCCCCCGUAGCCGAGGCGGGGAGAGUAAUAAAACGGACAAAGACGAACAGGGCUGCACCACUUGCCGAGCGCAUGCGACCGCAAAACUUGAACGAUGUGUUCGGCCAAGAACUCGUUGGGCCACGAGGUGUGCUGCGUUCUCUGAUCGAGUCCGAUCGCCUACCCUCGAUGAUUCUUUGGGGAGGCAGUGGCACAGGCAAGACGACCAUUGCAAGAUGUAUGGCACAGAUGGUCGGAUCAAGAUUCAUUGAGCUAAAUGCUACAAGCUCAGGGGUUCAAGAAGUCAAAAAGCUCUUCAAUGAGGCAGAAAACGAUCUCAAACUCACGGGCCGGAAAACCAUCAUCUUUUGCGACGAAAUACAUCGCUUCAAUAAAGCGCAGCAGGAUGUGUUUUUGAAGCCCGUCGAGGCUGGAACAAUCACACUCAUCGGCGCCACGACUGAGAACCCGAGUUUCAAGGUCGUCAGUGCUCUACUGUCCAGAUGUCGCACUUUCACCCUACAAAAGCUCACGACGGCAGAUGUCGGUAAAAUCUUGCAUCGGGCUCUGCAAAUGGAACUAUCCAGCUCUUCGAUACCUCCUUCACCCCUAUUAGACGAAGAGCUGCUCACAUAUCUGGCAAACUUUGCUGAUGGCGACGCCCGUACGGCCUUGAACUUGCUGGAGCUUGCCAUAUCCCUUUCAGCCCGGGAGAACACUACAAAAGCCGACAUCAAGGCCUCCUUGACCAAGACACUAGUUUACGACCGCGCAGGCGAUCAACAUUACGAUACCAUCAGUGCUUUUCACAAGUCCGUUCGCGGGUCGGAUGCGGAUGCGGCACUCUACUAUCUGGCUCGGAUGCUGCAGUCCGGAGAGGACCCGCUCUUCAUCGCCCGCCGCAUGGUUGUCAUUGCUUCUGAAGACGUUGGACUCGCAAACAACGCCCUUCUGCCCUUGGCCACGGCUGCUUAUACAGCAACGCAACAAAUCGGCAUGCCUGAAGCUCGAAUACCUCUUGCGCAUUGCGCUGUUGCAUUGUGUCUCGCCCCAAAAUCCACCCGAGCAUACAGAGGUUUAAACAAUGCGUACGCCGCUCUGAGGGAACCCGGUGUUGCGGGUCUCCCGGUCCCAAUCCAUCUGAGAAACGCACCGACGAGGCUCAUGAAGGAUUUAGGCUACGGUGCAGAAUACAAAUAUAACCCCAACUACAAAGAUGGCAAGGUCAAACAGGAUUACCUGCCUGACGAUUUACUCGGGAGGAAGUUCCUCGAAGAUCGUGAUCUUGGCACAACAGUCGAUCCAGAUUUGCCGGAGGAGGAUGGGGAACGCAGUGAGCCGUAGCGAAGAGGCUAUUUGGUAUAGAGAAUAUAUGCGUCUAGGAAAAUGCAUCGGCACACAGGACCGUGUGCUUUCGGAGUUUUGGCAUGACAAUCCACAUUCUGGAGGUUUUGGUUCAGACAUGCAUAGCGAGAUACCAUGCCUCAAGGCACCAUAAAAAUAAUGAAAGGAGAUAAUAACAGCGCAAGUAUUCUGUGGUGGUGUGCCAGGUUAUGUGGAGAAUACUCACUGGUGUGGGAGUCUUUUGCCCUUGUUCAAGCUUGUUUGUUCGAUGCAGUAGGAUGAACAACUAUUGGAUGAGCAGGUUCUUUUGUCUGCCACGAGAGAUGUCACACAUAACAUGAUAGACACAUCAUGUAUGGCGAUCAAUAGUAGUCUAUCGAUAUGGAGAGUGAUGUAAAGGUGAGGAACAGAGCUAACCUUUGUUCCACUGAAGGCUGCCUAAAGUGGUUGCCCUAGGU